AUCCAUUCAAGUUUGAACUCUCCUCUUACUCUGGGUCUCCCCAUCUCUUACUGACAUUGGUGAUUGAGCCUGGGAUUGGAAGCUUAACCCAUGGCAGUGGGAUUGGCCAUUUCAAGUGAAGGGAGCCAAUACAAUGGCAGGAUGACUUCCUUCGUUGUUCUAUCUUGUAUGAUGGCUGCCAUGGGAGGAGUCAUUUUUGGUUACGAUAUCGGAAUUUCAGGUGGCGUGACAUCAAUGGAAUCAUUCUUGAAAAAAUUCUUCCCGGAAGUGUACAGAAAGAUGAAAGAAGACACAGAGAUAAGCAAUUACUGUAAAUUCGAUAGCCAACUGCUCACCUCCUUCACAUCCUCACUAUAUCUUGCUGGCCUUGUUGCUUCCUUCUUCGCCUCUUCGGUCACCAGAGCGUUUGGGCGAAAGCCAUCAAUCCUUUUAGGAGGUGUUGCCUUCCUUGCUGGAGCUGCCCUCGGUGGUGCUGCUUCUAAUGUCUACAUGUUAAUAUUUGGUCGUGUCUUGCUUGGGGUUGGUGUUGGUUUUGCGAAUCAGAUAAUGUUGACAAUUAAUAUACGCUUCUUCUGCGCUCCGCAGUCGGUUCCACUAUAUCUCUCUGAAAUGGCACCACCAAGAUAUAGAGGGGCAGUGAACAAUGGCUUUCAAUUUAGUGUUGGCAUCGGGGCACUGUCCGCCAACCUCAUAAACUAUGGGACUCAAAAGAUAAAAGGAGGUUGGGGAUGGCGAAUCUCCCUAGCCAUGGCAGCGGUUCCCGCCUCAAUCCUAACUCUAGGUGCACUUUUCCUCCCAGAGACACCCAACAGCCUGAUUCAGCGUGCCAAUAACCAUGAAAGGGCCAAAGAUAUGCUGCAACGGGUUCGAGGCAUCACCGAUGUCCAAGCAGAAUUUGAUGAUCUCAUCAAAGCUAGCUCAAUAUCAAAGACUAUUGAGCACCCAUUUAAGAAUAUUAUUAGAAGAAAGUAUAGGCCUCAACUAGCAAUGGCAAUAGCCAUUCCAUUUUUUCAGCAAGUUACAGGCAUCAAUGUCAUUGCAUUUUAUGCUCCAAUACUUUUCAGGACAAUUGGACUAGGUGAAAGUGCAUCCCUCUUGUCUUCGAUUGUGACAGGGGUUGUGGGUACUGCAUCCACAUUCAUAUCAAUGCUUAUUGUCGAUAAACUUGGUAGAAGAGCAUUGUUCAUAUUUGGGGGUGUACAAAUGUUUGUGUCACAGGUAAUGGUUGGAGGUAUUAUGGCAGCUCAGCUGGGUGAUCAAGGCGGCAUAGGCAAAGGGUAUGCUUAUAUAGUUCUGAUUUUGAUCUGCAUUUAUGUGGCUGGAUUUGGGUGGUCAUGGGGUCCUCUGGGAUGGUUGGUUCCUAGUGAGAUUUUCCCACUAGAGAUUCGAUCAGCAGGGCAAAGUAUUGUAGUAGCAGUUAGCUUUAUCUUCACUUUCAUUGUUGCACAAACUUUCCUAUCUAUGCUUUGUCACUUAAAGUCUGGAAUUUUCUUCUUUUUUGGGGUUUGGGUUGUAAUUAUGACUGCUUUUGUGUACUUAUUGCUGCCAGAGACAAAGAAUAUGCCCAUUGAGAAAAUGGAUAUAGUGUGGAGAGACCACUGGUUCUGGAAGAGAAUUGUAGGGGAAGCUGUUGAGGACAGUAAAAUAGAAAUAGCUUGAAUUAAUUUUCAAACUUUGUUUAUGUACAAAUUCAUUUGAGAACAAGAAUAAUAGAAUUUACUUAUGUUCAA